AAUAAGGGCCUGUAUACCAGAAGGGUUCUAAAUAUAGAAAUCAAGUAAAUUCAUAGGUCUGGGCCGGAAGAAUUACAAGCAAAACCAAAACCUCCAACGAUCGAUCUAUAUAGAUACACAAGGCGAGAUACAUACAUACCGAUCUAUAGGUAUGGACUUAGUUUUACAAUCUCAUCCAGAAUUAUUCACACAUGACCAGCUAAAAGUAGCAACCAAUGGAUUUAGCGCUGAAAAUUUAAUCGCAAGUGCCCAGUUUGGAAAGCUUUACAGGGGAAAAAUCAAACAUGAUGAUGAGUCGGGAGAAGAAAAAGACGUGACUUUGAAAAUCUGGGAGCAUCAGAAGUGCUCAUUCCAAGAUCUCCGGUCGAAAUUAAAAACGGAGGUAUUGUUCUUGAAGCAUCACAAUCAUCCAAAUUUAGUAAAGCUGAUUGGAUGUUGCGAGUCUGAUGAGUUAUUAGCCACUAUAUAUGAUAUCAGUCCACUUGAUACCCUCCACAAUUUAUUAGAAAAAGAUCAGAUGAACUGGCAGCAGACUGUCAAUGUAGCACUUCAAUUUGCUCGUCUUCUUGACGAAUUACACCGCAGUGAUUACUUGGUUCGAAAUAUAUCUGCAGCUCACAUAAUGAUUGAUAAGGAUUGCAACCCUAUACUAUUUGAUCUUUCAAUGCUAACUGGCGGAUUUUUCGGGGAUGUGCCAAAUGGGUCCAUUUGGGGAUCGCCUGGUUAUAUUGACCCUCGUCUGAUCUCUGCAGGAAAAUUGCUAGGUGCAAGUAGUCCAUGGUCCGUGAAAUGUGAUAUCUAUUCUUAUGGAGCAUUACUUCUAAGUCUAAUAGGGAAAAAAGCUUAUAAUCCAGAAAACAAAGAAGAAACAAAAGCAGAUUGUUGGGCCAAGAAAGAGUUUAAGCCUGAUUGUUCUUUGGUUCAUAAGAAACUUCAGGAUGAUCCAGCCUAUGAUGCUCGCUGCGGAAAUGAUGUCACAGCGUUGGCUAUGUGUUGUUUGGAAUAUUAUCCACAAAGUCGGCCUAUAAUGCUGCAAAUAGUUAAGUUUCUAGAGAAACGCCAAAUCAAAGAUGGGGAUGCUUGAUUGCCUACCUGGCUGGAGGUCAAAUAUAUCUCCUUGUUUAGUAGCCUGAAACUCACAAGUAUGUACUUUUCGGAUCUGAUUACCACUUCAGGACAGUGUUGGUGCUUCCUGGGGUAGUACUCCUUGCAAAAUGAAGUAAUAAUUCAGCAGUUUUGAGUAUAUAUGUAUACAGGAUGCAAACCAUGUCCUCCAAAAGAUCUUAUACAUUUUUGUAAAAUUUCAUUUUAAGAAUUUGUAAUAGAAAACAAAAACUCACUCCUAACUAAUAGAGAUAUGUCUUGCUCUUGA